CCCCACUCAAACCUACAACCAACCCUCCAAAAAACUAAUAUACAACUAGCAAAUCUACAUCCAAAAUGUCCCUCACAACACUCACCCUCCGCCGCCUCGCCCUCAACCAACCGCGCCUCACCGCGCGGGGCAUAGCAGCACGAACGGCAACAGUGACACCAAUCCGCUUCGCAAGCAACGAAGCCUCCCCCGGCCAAUCCUCCAACGUCGCCAACCCGCGCUCCAGCAGCCCGGAGUCCCAAUCGAUCAACAUCUCGCGCGGCAAGGAGGCCCGUCACGCCGAUACGGCUGACACGCGGUCUGUGCAGUCGCCUAUCUCGUCACAGUCCGGGCCGACGAGUGAGGCUCACGAGGGGGAGGAGCAGACUCCCGCGGAUGCGCAGAUCAAGAAUCAUCCUGGGGAGUCGACGGAGACGAAGCGCAGGAAUGUUGAGAAGGCGGGGGAGCGGCCAUUGGGGGUGGAGGAUCGGCAGGGAUCUUAGAGAUGGAUGAUUGGGUGUUUGAUAGAUGAUGAGGAUUGAAUGGAAUUU